AUUCGUGACACCUGACCGCAGCACACCCCGCUGCCUCCGCGUUCAACUCUGCAGCCUUGAACCCUACCAAAUAAAAAGGAAAUCAUUCUUUUGGGAUCGGAAAAAUAUCGACCCCUACGUCCAUCCACAUAAGAAGAGCAUCCAGCAUCAGCCUUAUGCCCCCACCUCCACGCCCUACCACCGCCAUCACGACCUCCUUCCCUCCUCCUCCCCCACAUCUCUUAUUCUACUUCGCCGCCGCCGCCGCUGCCCUCUCCUUCCUCUUCUUCCUCAAACCCCCUCAUCCCCUCCAACCACUUCUUUCCUUCCGCCGCCGCCGCCGCCGCCACCUCGAAACCUCGGCGAUGCGCCCUCCUGCCGUCCCCAUCGCCUUCUCGUCGCCGGAUUCCCUCUCCGAGUGGCUCAAGCCCCGCCUCCCCUCCAACGCCUUCGCAUCCUGGGGCGUCGCCCCGGGCACCAAGACCCUCCAAAACCUCUGGCUCGAGCUCUCCCACGGAGAGACCUCCCUUCUCCUCUCCGACGAGGAGGGCUCCUCUUCCCUUCCCCUCCGCGCUGUCCACGUCGCCACCGUCCGCGUCCGCAACCCCCGCGGCGCCCUCCUCAUCGAAUCCCACCAGCUCCUCUCCGACGGCACCAUCAGGCCCCGCCGCCGCCCCUUGUCGGAGAAGAUGCGCCCCGGCGAGUCCGUCGAGGACGCCGCCGCCCGGGCCGUCAUGGAGGAGCUUGGGAAAGAGGCGGUGAAAAUUUUGCCGGAUUCUUAUGAGAUGAGGGUGGAGGAGAGGGUGUCGGCGUCGUACCCGGGCCUGCCGGCGCGGUAUGUGCUGCACUCGGUGGAUGCGGAGGUGGAGGGGCUGCCGCAGGAGGGCGAAUUCUCCACGGAAGAGACGGGGGAAGCCGUCGAGGCUCGGGAGAAUGCAGUCUUUGUUCGGAGGCAUUUCUGGAAAUGGGUGGAUGAUGAUGGCAGCAUUUAAUGUGUGAUGCAGAGGAAUAAAUGGGAUUGGGAUUAGGUGAGUAUAGAGGAUUUAGGAAUAGAUGAUUAUCUAUUGGACCAUUUGAAUAAAUAUUUUGAUUUUGUAUUUGUAUGAACUUUUCUUAUUAUAUGAGAUUAUAAAAUUUCUUUUUGGUUAAUUA